CAAAAAAAAAAGCAGGAAGUACACUGAAACUGAGAAAUUGCUUUAAAGUUUUUUGAUUGUCCAGCCAAAAUGUGGAUUAUAAAAUAGUCUUACUCCGUUUUCUCUAAAUGUGAGCAUAGUUGAGCCAAACCCAUCUGCCACAAGGCAGAUAGCAGACCUGAUUUUGGUUAUGACUCACAAAAAUGUGUAGUUACUGCAUUCUGGCUUUGCAUGGUAGUAUAGUACAGUAACAGACUUUGUUCAGGCCAAUGAAUUUAAAGUCUUCCCAAUGCCUGCAAUUCAAAUUCGUAAAGCAAUCAAUCUGACAGAACAAAUGGAUUUACAGUGUACAUACCUACAGAAAGUUUCUGUUUAAUCACCAGGAAGAGCUUAAGAGGUGGGUGGCAAUUCACCCACAUUCAUAACUGUUUAACUGAACAGACAACAGUCCUCAUUCAUGUGGUGGAGUGGCAGUGUGAUGAAACUGCCCACUCCCAGUCCCUACAACGGCACAGCUCAUUCAAACACCUACAAAUCAAAAUAGCAGAUGUGAUUGCGAAAAAUAGGGGGACAAACAUCGGUUCCUAUCCUAAAGUGGACUAAGAGAGCUUAGUGUGAGGGAAAUGGCACAUGAUAAAUAUAGGCUAUUGAGAGAAGGCCACUCAUUAAAGCAACUGACAAACUUUAAAGGGAUAGUUCACCAAAAUGUUUUAAUUCUCUCAUCAUUUACUCACCUUCAUUCUUUCUUCUGCUGAACACAAACUAUAGUAUACAAUCACACGGAACAUUUAUCCCCCACAAAGAGUGAUAAAGAUUUUUAGUAGAAUAUUUCAGCUCUGUAGGUCUAUUCAAUGCAAGUGAAUGGUAACCAAAAUUUUAAAGCUCGAAAAAGCACAUAAAGCCAGCAUAAAAGUAAUCCAUAUGACUCCAGUGGUUAACCUUUUUGCACGGGAGAUUCUCCUGUACUGAGUUCUUUAAUGCACGCUGUAAUUAAAAAAAUAUAUGCUGUAUAUUACCUUACACAUCACAAAAGAUGCACCGAAGGACAGAUUAUAUCACAGAUUAUAUAUUAUCAAGCAUAUAAUGUGGUUUUUAGAUGUUUAUAAUGAUGUAUUAUGAUACGUGGUUGUGGAUUGACUAGGUUGUAUAUUCUUUGUUUGACAUCAGAAUACAUGGCCACAUCGCUGCAUCAAAACAGUGCACUCUAACGGUAAUAGCUUUAAACUUUUAUUUAGUGAUUGCUUGAAUGUUUGUAACAUAAAAAUAAAGAUAUUGUGAUGUUGAAAAGACUAUUUGAGCAGCUGGUUAAUUUUUACAACUGCCUCAGUCCCUCUUUUGCUGGGAAACAGCAGCUCAAAUGCAGAUCACACCAGUUUGAUCAUACACGUCUGAGCCCAGCCUAGUGUAAUCACACUAGUUUGAUCGUAAGUGUGAAAGGGUUAAAUAUCUGCCUGAUUUUCAUGUGAAUUCUUUUGUGUUCUUACAUUCUCAUGGACUCGUUCGACAUCAUCAUCCACUGUCGAAGUUCAAUUCCAGUACUCAAGAAUGCAAGUGCAGAGAAUGCAUAACAUUUUCCAUAUGUGUUUUUGAUCAGGCCGAAUAUCGAGGAUGCAUCGUAUGGUGACUUGUGAGCAAGAACCCGGUACUACGGUGACAGAUGAAGGACAUUUAUGUUUGUGAUAUAUCAGUGGUUUAACCUCAAGUGUUUCCCACUGUAAGCUCGCGAAAGUAUGACGGCUCAUGAGAGUCAUCGUACUCUGUCAACAUUUGUUGUUUUGUUGGGCAUAAUUUUAGUAUAGUAAUAAACACAUGAAGGAAACGAGUGUUUACAGACUUUAUUCUUUUAACAUGUUACUAGUCCUGCAAAACCUCACUGGUGUAAUGAUAAUAAUGCUGUCACUGGUGUGUGAUAAUGCCAGCAGUUCUUUCACUGCCUUUAAAUGUGCAACAGGAAGAUCACAGCUCAUCUCAAAGCUCACAAUAGACAUGUUCUACGUCCUGCUGUCCUUCCCGAGUUCAUUCUUCCAAUGUGGCUUGACAAGACCGGUCUCCAUGAGAACGCAAGUCCGUUUUUUGUGUUCUUAGAAUUGAGAAACACCCUAUAUCUUCAGAAGUGAUAUAAUAAGUGUGGGUGAGAAACAGAUCAAUAUUUAAGUCCUUUUUUUUUUACCAUUAAUUCUCCUCCCAGCCCAGUAGGUAGUAAUAUGCACGAAGAAUGUGAAUCGCCAAAAACAAAAGAAGAAUGUGGAAGUGAAAGUGGAGAUUGAUUGUAGAAAAUGACUUAAAUAUUCAUCUGUUUCUCACCCACACUUGUCAUAUCACUUGUCAAGAUAUGGAUUUAACCACUGGAGUUGUAUGGAUUACUUUUAUGCUGCCUUUAUGUGCUUUUUUGGAGAUUCAAAGGUCUGGUCAUCAUUUAGUUGCAUUGUGAGGACCUUCAGAGCUGAGAUAUUUUUUUCUAAAAAAUCUUCGUUUGUGUUCAGUAGAAGAAAGAAAGUCAUAUAAACCUGGGAUGAAGAAUAUCCGACUGCUCCCACAAGCCCUAUAUAUUACUAGAGCAGCAAGCUUUACCUUCAAUGAAAGCAGAGAAGAGGAGCGAUUGGCUGCGAACAUCAUCGCUGACAGACAAAACCGAGGAUCAAUCCUGACCUGCAGGACUACAACAGUAUACACUCACACGGAACAUUUAUCCCCUACAAGGAUAUUUGGUGCACGAAAGUCGAUUUUAGGGAACUUGCAUUUUGGACCACCAGACUGACACCUUGUUUGAUUUCUCUCUGCUUUAUUUUGGAGAGUCAUUGCGUCCAUGUGAUGCUAUCCCUCUCGAGAGACAAGAGUUUGGAAACGCCGUUAGCGCUGAUAACAUAGGCCUACUAUUACUACACCUAGAUCCACUUUACCAGUGCUGUACCUCCAGAAUGGAUCGCUGUCAACGACUAUUUAUCCUUCUGUUGGGAUGGGGUUAUCUGUGCUGUGGAUACGGCGCUGUGCUCAAAACACCCUUCAUGGCUUUCUCAAAAGAUGUGGAGUUUGGACAAAAGGUGGGAGCACAAGAAAAGCAGCAUGUGGGUAAAACAGAGCAGGACACACUGUCAGAGCACAUGCAGAUGCUCUACGCCAAAUACAACAGCGCGGGAUUCCCUCUCAAAGAUGGAAACACUGUGCGCAGCUUUAAAGGACAUUUGGGUAAAGUCAACAGUAAGCAACUACAAAUCUUCAACCUCACUUCCCUCACCAAGUCAGAGGAUGUUCUCUCGGCGACCCUGCACUACUACAUCGGUGACAUACAGAACAGCAGCAACAGAUGCACAAGGUCUGGUUCACAAGGUUGUGCUCACCAUAACCUCAGAAGACAAGGGCACAUCCACCUUGAAAUCUGGAGUUUCAGCUUCGUGGAUAACACCACCAGAACAAUAGGCAAUUUCUCCAUUAAUAUUUCCACAAUGCACCAGGACUUUAUAUCAUGGCAGUGGAAAGACAUUACUCGUGCGGUCAACCAAGCCAAGCAUCAUGACCAGCUUCUUAUAGGCAUUGACAUUGAAGGACGCCAACCUUGGAAGAAGCUCUUGUCAGAUAGAUCUCCUUAUAUUCUGGUCUACGCCAAUGACUCUGCUAUCUCAGAACCUGAGAGUGUUGUGUCCACUCUGCAGAGGCACAAAAGUAGACUCGUGCCUGAUCUUCAUUUGCUUGAAAUGCAUAAUCACAGUACCUCCGCGCAACAUCGUACCAGGCGGUCAGCCAACAUCCUACUGCCACUACAGAACAAUGAGCUUCCAGGACCUGAGUACCCUCAUGAGAUACCUACUUGGGAUGAUCCAAUGGAGAGCAAGCCAGUCAAGCGCCCUCGUAAGAAGCCUCGCAAGAACCCAAGGCAUAAAAAUCCACUGCUGCAGUUUGAUGAGCAGACCAUAAAGAAAGCACGUAAGAAGCAAUGGAACGAGCCCAGGAACUGCGCUCGCAGAUAUUUAAAGGUCGAUUUUGCUGAUAUUGGCUGGAGUGAGUGGAUUAUCUCCCCCAAGUCUUUUGAUGCAUACUACUGCUCAGGGUCUUGUCAGUUCCCCAUGCCAAAGUCUUUGAAACCUUCAAACCAUGCCACCAUUCAGAGCAUUGUCCGGGCAGUCGGUGUGGUCCCUGGCAUCCCUGAGCCCUGCUGUGUACCGGAGAAGAUGUCUUCCCUCAGUAUCCUCUUCUUUGAUGAAGACAAGAACGUGGUCCUCAAGGUCUACCCCAAUAUGACAGUGGACUCCUGUGCCUGCCGGUAAAAUUUUUUGGUCUUUUCCACCAGCCUCCCACCCUUAAAUCCAAUUUUUGCACUGGAAGAAAAGACUACAUGCCAGUAGCUGACUGAAGAUAUUAAUUUCAUAACCUUUGAAGAACUAUCUAUAGCUUUAAGGACUGUGAAGACCGAAGUGCUUUCCCAGAAGGAAUUCAUAACUUUUAGCAGGAGUUUUUGUAAACAGGCUGUCUCAAACAAGCGGCUUCUUCACCAGGAUGUUCUCACACAUGAUAACCUCAAGCUUAAUCAGCAAUUAAGCGUCCAGGGGACGAACAUUAGCUGUCAUCCAUCAUGAAUCUGAUUCUGUACAGUUUGUAUAGUCUGACAUUAUUAUAGCUAUAUUUUUGCUACAGGGGCAUUGAUUGACUCUCAAUGUCCAUAUUCAAUGGCUGCUAUAAAGAGGUAUACUUCACUUCAGAACCCCGGUGUGGUGAAAAGUGGACUUUUGGAAAGAAAGAAAAGGAAUCUUGUUUUGGUACAGUUGUCAAAAUUUCAAAUUAUACUGAAGUUAUUAUAUAAGUUAAUUACAAUACAUAUUCUGUUUUCCACAUUAUGCUUAAAACAGUGUUUAAUAUCUGAGUGACCAUGUUUUGAAUGUCUCCCACCUUCAUAAAAAAGAAAAUAUUUAUUUUCUCAAUAAAAACAAAUUACAGAUUGGAAGUCUACAUCUCAUACUGUUACAUCAUAUUUUAUAAACAUUAUUUCUUUUAAUCAGGCUUUUUUUUUUACAGAUACCUUGCAUUUGUAAAUAUAUGUUCUGUGUAGUAUGCAUAUGUUUCCAUCUGACCUAUUAAUAUAAUAUUGUUUCAUGCGGUAACAUUUUUAUGUCAUUCAUCCACAAUGUUACAAACUGCAACUAACCACUAUUUCAGCCAGGUUUAGGUUUUAUAGUUAUCAAGCAGUUUAAGCAAAUAACAAGCAAAUUCUGAAAAUAAAUUCAGGGUUAGGAUUUGAAAGUAUUGUUUGAGAUAUUUUGGAAUGUUUUUAGGGUUUUUUUACUAUCAAGGUCAUUCUCACUAAAUAAAAAUGUGCAAACCAAAAAUGCAAAAAUCAUGAAACAAAUACUGUCAACUUUUGAGCACGUUUCAAAUGAUAAAAUGUUAAGAUCAUUUUUAUGUAAUUUCUAUUUAGCCAUUAUCUCUUUAAACAACAAUACCUUUUAAAAAGCCUUACCACAUAAAAAAACAUUGUUUGAUAAUUAUGGUAUUCCAUAAACAAGAUACAUUUAUUAAAUGAGAUGAAUGAACAUUCUAAUAUUUAAAUUUCGCAAAGAUGAGUGUUACAUAUGAUGUCAUUUGGAAUGGUAUAGCAGAGCCAUUUCAUCUUUUUUGGCAGAACAUUUUUACUGAAUUGAUUUAUUUAGAUAUAAAUAUGAUAUUUUGUUUUAAUAACUAUGUUUUGUGUCUACAUUGCGUACUGUUUUAACUUCUACUUUGAGCUAAAGAAAUGUCAUCAUAAAGCUGCAUGUUCAUAAAUUGGGUGUGUUGUUUUCUUGUUGUUCUUAAUGUAUAUUCAACCUAUGAACAAUAGAGAAAUGUAUACAUAUAUGUAAAAGUGGGCUAUUAUCUUAAUAUAUAACAUAUCAAUUCAGAAAAAGAUAUACAGUAUGUAAAGCACUCCUUUAGCAUUUGUGUAAUAUAUAUUUUUUGGAAGGCUUCCAUCACACUGUGUGUUUUGUAAAUGUUAUGCUGUAGGCGAAAGGAUGUGCUUGUAUGAUAAGCUUCAUAAGAAAUUAUAUUUGUAUAUGGAAAUGACUUUUAAAAGCAUUUAUUUAUUUUCUUUAUGAUGCAUUCUGUAUCUUGUUAUAUUGUGAAGCAAGGGGUCCGUCAUUAAAUAUUGAUUCAUAGCUUUGCUGAAGAAAGGUUAGACAGGGGUGAAAAAGGAAGACUUGAGUCAAAUGAGUGAGAAUGCUUAUUUUUGUACCAGAUCUCCUUUUUGACAGACCAUUCAAAGAAAACUCAAUAAACUUGUAUAAUUU